AUGACUGACGUUACUCCAGAUCAAACUGUCACACUUUCCAGUGGGACAUCGUCAAUCACCGUUCGAUUCGGAAGUAGUGAUGCUGGAUACAAGGUCCUGACCAGAGUGACAGCCGUCAUCCUGAGUUUUGUCGAUCCAACAACAGGUAGUCCGCCCAUGAUGAUUCGUCUCGAAAGCGUCACUUUUUCAAACGGAACGACAGCUCAAGACAUUGGUGAAAUUAAUUCCACUGGCCCAACCACCGGAAUGUUUAGACUUGGGGCACUCGGAGAAGAACCCGUGGAUGCUUUGGUCUUUUCCGUGCCCGACAUUCUGCCUCAAAACGCUUCUUCAGUAGACGUUGUCGUCCGAUUUGAUGGAUGCAUCAAGACAGAGACCAUAACUACUGUGGUGACCACGAGUGUUGCUACCACUACCACACCAGCAACCACUACAACACAGGCUACUAGUACCACGACAGAAAUGGCGACUACAGUCAUGACAACAGGAAGUACCACAGCUGUCGAAGAGACAACCACCGUCACGACAACGACACCUGAAGUCACCACCACUGAAGCAACUACAACAAUGGGAACAACAACUCCAGGUGACUGCGCGAAAAACCUGAAUGAUGAUAGUCAGCCGGAUCCGGUGAUCACCCUCCAGACAUCCGACAUGACUGACGUUACUCCAGAUCAAACUGUCACACUUUCCAGUGGGACAUCGUCAAUCACCGUUCGAUUCGGAAGUAGUGAUGCUGGAUACAAGGUUUUGACCAGAGUGACAGCCGUCAUCCUGAGUGUUGACGAUGCAACAACUGGAAGUCCGCCCAUGAUGAUUCGUCUCGAAGGCGUCACCUUUUCAAACGGAACGACAGCUCAAGACAUUGGUGAAAUUAAUUCCACUGGCCCAACCACCGGAAUGUUUAGACUUGGGGCACUCGGAGAAGAACCCGUGGAUGCUUUGGUCUUUUCCGUGCCCGACAUUCUGCCUCAAAACGCUUCUUCAGUAGACGUUGUCGUCCGAUUUGAUGGAUGCAUUAAGACAGAGACCAUAACUACUGUGGUGACCACGAGUGUUGCUACCACUACCACACCAGCAACCACUACAACACCGGCUACCACUACCACGACAGAAAUGGCGACUACAGUCAUGACAACAGGAAGUACCACAGCUGUCGAAGAGACAACCACCGUCACGACAACGACACCUGAAGUCACCACCACUGAAGCAACUACAACAAUGGCAACAACAACUCCAGGUGACUGCGCUAAAAACCUGAAUGAUGAUAGUCAGCCGGAUCCGGUGAUCACCCUCCAGACAUCCGACAUGACCGACGUUACUCCAAAUCAAACUGUCACACUUUCCAGUGGGACAUCGUCAAUCACCGUUCGAUUCGGAAGUAGUGAUGCUGGAUACAAGGUCCUGACCAGAGUGACAGCCGUCAUCCUGAGUGUUGACGAUGCAACAACUGGAAGUCCGCCCAUGAUGAUUCGUCUCGACAGCGUCACCUUUUCAAACGGAACGACAGCUCAAGACUUUGGUGAAGUUAAUUCAACUGGCCCAACCACCGGAAUGUUUAGACUUGGGGCACUCGGAGAAGAACCCGUGGAUGCUUUGGUCUUUUCCGUGCCCGACAUUCUGCCUCAAAACGCUUCUUCAGUAGACGUUGUCGUCCGAUUUGAUGGAUGCAUCAAGACAGAGACCAUAACUACUGUGGUGACCACGAGUGUUGCUACCACUACCACACCAGCAACCACUACAACGCAGGCUACCACUACCACGACAGAAAUGGCGACUACAGUCAUGACAACAGGAAGUACCACAGCUGUCGAAGAGACAACCACCGUCACGACAACGACACCUGAAGUCACCACUACUGAAACAACUACCACAAUGACAACAACAACCCCAAAAACUACCACACAGAGGACCCGAACAUCAGUUUUGACCACGCCCACCACAUCAAGCAGUGAGACUACCACCCUGUCUAUAACUACUUCUGGCCAAACAACGCCAGGUGACUGCGCGGAAAACCUGAAUGAUGAUAGUCAGCCGGAUCCGGUGAUCACCCUCCAGACAUCCGAAAUGACUGACGUUACUCCAGAUCAAACUGUCACACUUUCCAGUGGGACAUCGUCAAUCACCGUUCGAUUCGGAAGUAGUGAUGCUGGAUACAAGGUCCUGACCAGAGUGACAGCCGUCAUCUUGAGUUUUGUCGAUCCAACAACAGGAAGUCCGCCCAUGCUGAUUCGUCUCGAAAGCGUCACUUUCUCAAACGGAACGACAGCUGAAGACAUAGGUGAAAUUAAUUCCACUGGCCCAACCACCGGAAUGUUUAGACUUGGGGCACUCGGAGAAGAACCCGUGGAUGCUUUGAGACCAUAA